AACGGCAGCUGGCCCCGGUGAUGUGGAGCUCUGAGCCUGCCUGCCAUGGACAGUAAUGUUCUAGAUCUUCAACGGGUAGAUUGUCAUCUGGCGAACCGUAUUUAGAAAAGGGAUGAUGAAUUUUGGUUGACGAGUCAACAGAGUACACUACUCCAUAGAUAAGUCUGCCGCGAUAUACUCCAAACGGGUACGCUGUACUCGUGCUGCGCACAUCAUUCUGGGAGUUCUGCUUUCCUAUCGACCCUUCAUAAAGAAAUGGAUAACAUGAUUGAUCCCAACCCUAUCCUCUAUCUUCAACGGAUCAUCGGCAGAAAUACCUAGACUCAUCCCCGAUCGUAGUGUAGUCUCCAUGGAAGAACUGCCGGAUAACUAACUAGGUAAUCCUCCUAUCAAGACCGACGUCUCAAUUAGACUUCAAUAUACUUCAUUAGCAUUGUUUGCUAAUGUUCAUCCCCUCGAUGAAGUCUUGAAUUUACCCUUCCGUUCGAGUAUACAGGAGUUUUGUAUGUUUAAAUAGUGAAAAGGCUGUGGGGAGUCGGGACUAGCUUCCUCAAGACCAAAUCAAGGAACAGAUCAAUCACAUGUGGAGUAUUUCAUAUCUCUAGUCGAGAAAAAAAGACUCCAGCCUCUUAUCUUUUUUUCCUUUCCUUUUCGGACACUUUCCUCCUCCUCUUCAUCCACAAAUUCAUGCAAAGAGUUCUCAUUUGAGAAGAAAGAGUAUCUCAUUAUUUUUAUGCUACUGUACUCCUGUACUCUACAUUUGCCGAACAAGCGGUUCGUUCACUCACUCACGUCACUGUUUUGACCCCCGGCCACUUUUUAUCAUGACGUCGAUCAUCGAUUUCAAGAGCCAUUCGGAGAUACUACUCUCAACCAUCAAUUAUCUGCGAAAAUUCCAUAUUUCGAUCGAUGGUCAAGUCGAAUUGCCAUGACAUUACUUGGCAAAAUACACUUUCCGUUUUAGAAUCCCAUUGUCCAUUACAUGGUAAUUGGUUCUUUCCCAUUCCCAUUGGCUCUCCUUUCGUCUGAGAAUUACCUGUUAUCGAAAUAGGAAAGAAUGACCUCACUGAGAGCUUCUGAGGCUCACUACUCCUGCAGCUUGAACUGCAUCUGGCAGGAACUUUGGAUCUCGUUUGGCAACUUCAAUUUGUCGUAUUAUAAAUCUCAACUUUGAACAACUAUAUAAUGACUUCAUCUGCCGUCUGUCUCAAUGUCGAAUGAAGAAUCUCAAGUCCUCCAAUAUUAUAUACAAGGCUUAAAAGACGAAGCUAAAGAGAUUUUAAGACGCAUCGAAAUGUCUGAGAAGGUUCCAGAUCAAAUCGAGGGAUUCACCAUCUCUUCCACUGAGAAAUGGAGUGAUUUUGAGAGAUCAAAGGUACGUUUGUUAACAUAUCUUGAGUUUCAAUGGUCCGGAAUGAGGCUUGCAUUGUUGCACUUCAAUCUGGACUUUGAAAUAUCAGUCUGUUAUCAUACAUACCGUUUACUAACCCAAUUACAGUUCGCUGCCAAAACCUUUGAAGCACAUGAUGUAGACAUCGUCAACGAGGUUAGUUAUCCAUCAUGAUUUCUACUCUCUCUAACACCCGAUUUUGUUUUCGGCUCCAAAUGCCUAUUCUUUGACGUCCUAUGAUGCCAUUGAUCAUACAUCCACCUUCAACUACCUAUAUUAGCAACGACUGACUCUUCGACCUGCUGCAGUGCUGUGGAGUCUGUGGCUCCGAUGUCCACACCAUCACCGGCGGCUGGGGCGAAUUAGCCACCACUCCUCUCUGCGUUGGCCACGAAAUCAUAGGCAAAGUCCUUCGAGUCGGCCCCAAAGUAACACUAGUCAAACCAGGUGAUCGUGUCGGUGUUGGUGCUCAAGUCCAAUCUUGCAUGGAAUGUCCACAAUGCAAGGGUGACAAUGAGAACUAUUGUCCCAAAAUGGUUGAUACAUAUAUGGCACCUUACAAUGAAGAUGAAGGACAUAGUGAUAAACCCAUGAAAGACAGCAAUGGAAAUCAAAUCUUCUCACAAGGGGGUUAUUCCAGUCAUUCGAGAGUUCAUGAACAAUUCGUCUUUAAGGUUCCAGAUGGUCUUGCAUCUACCGAUGCAGCACCAAUGAUGUGCGCAGGCCUCACCACGUACUCACCACUUGUCCGUGCGGGCACUGGACCAGGCAAAAAAGUUGCAAUUCUCGGCAUUGGCGGCUUAGGACACUUUGGUAUUCUCUGGGCUAAAGCCCUAGGCGCCGAAGUCUGGGCACUCUCCCAUUCACCAAAUAAGAAAGACACAGCACUCAAACUAGGAGCCCAUCAUUUCAUAUCCACUCAAGAAAAAGACUGGCAAAAACCGCUCGCUUUCACCUUCAACUUCAUACUUAAUUGCGCGGAUAUGACUCAUGAAUUUGAUCUCACGGCCUACAUGUCAACACUAGCCGUCAAUGGCGAAUUCCACAACGUCGGUCUUCCAGAUAAAGCGCUCCCAGAAUUAAAAGCGCAGGAUUUCGUAAGCAAUGGUUGUAAGAUUGCAGCGUCGCAUAUUGGUUCGAGGAAAGAAGCGCUGGAUAUGUUGAAAUUGGCUGCGGAGAAGAAGAUCAAGCCCAUGAUUGAGACGAUUGAUAUUAGUGAGGAGGGGUGCAAGAGGGCGGUUGAGAAGGUUAAGGUUAAUGAUGUUAGGUAUAGGGUUACGUUGACGGGGUUUGAGAGGGCUUUUGGGACGAAGAUUGAUUAUGAGGUUAAUUAGAGGGAAGGGGGGAGAGAAUUAGAGGAUAGAGGGGUUUAUGGUGGGAUUGAUAGAUGUUUAGAAGGUUAGAGAGGUGAGAGAUGAGAUAUGAGAUAUGAUUUUGGAGUUGAAACUUGAGAGAAAAAUGAGGGGUUUCUUAUUGUAUGGUUUUAUUGUAAUCUUAUAUUAAUUAUGAAGCAACAUUGAAUAUUGGUUAUGAAGUAACAGCAUCAGCAAAGAAAUAAUCAUAUGAUAUAUAGCAUGAUUAAUUUUGAUUUUGACGACUAAGGAAAUCACUCGCUUCAUCGAGUUGAGGAAACGUAAGUCUUGUGUGCUAUGUAUGUAUAUACGUACAUAUAUAUACAGCAGCUUUAUAUCAAUACACGCAACCGCGUAUUUGAAAAGAUGUCGGAAUGAGAUGUGCGUAUAUAUCUAGUUUAGUCUAGUCUAGUCUUGAGAUCAGCAUCUGUGGCUGUCCCCAGAUUCGGAAUCCACGUAAACCAGUGUAAUUCGCUGAACACAAUAAUCCCUUGUGAGUAAAACCUUCGCAGCCUCCUCCCU